GUCACGCCGCCGCGCCGCGCCGCGCCGAUUGUUGUUGCAUUUGUUGUCGUUAUAAAAUAGCACGACCCUCCUUUGAACUUCGAAGCCUAUUUUACACACAAGCACAAGUGAGAUUCUACGGUGAUGAUCACGGAUUGACUCUAGAACACUCGAUCGUGGCUGUACGCCUAUUUACUGCUAAGCCUAAGCAUAUUAACCUUGAACGAUGGAUGAAAACGAGAGAAGACGGACAUUCAGACCACCUGAACAUGCUGAAUGGAGUCAACAUCAAGAACCCAAUUUUACGAUUCAGAGAACGCAGCAUCCACAACACCAGUCUGGGCCUUCUGUGAAUAAUCAACAUUUAGAUCAGUUUCUGUCAGGUAUACGUGUUGAACGCGAGAGAGAAAAAUCGGACAAUGCAAAUGUGAACACAGUUGGGAAGAUUCACAUGCCUAUGGACGCGUCCACAAGAAUUCUCCAGGGAACCUCACCGCCAGGCCCAUCACUGCCCACCAGUGGCCCGCGUUUUUGUUCCCAGCUUCCUUUCCCGGUUGUUAAUUCAAACAGACCACCGUUUUGGCAAAAUCCACCUCCAGUGAUUGUGAAAAGUCAGAGGGAACAGGGGCCAUCUCAUCAGUCUGAGAAUAGCCAGAGUCAUUGGAACCGUCCUGAUGUUGCCAGAAACGUUGUCAACCAAGAUGCCCAAAUUAGUCUACGGAAAGCUGAGGCGUUUCCGCCCGUGCCCCUUCCAAAUCGGCAUCACAAAAUGGAAGAAUCUGGGAGUGGGACCCACCAUCCCCAAAUGCUUGGUGAAGAAGGGCAACAGUUUCCAAGACCUCAGUUUCCACCUGAUAAUUCAUUUGGUCAAAGUCAACACUUCCGACGGCAUCAUGAACCACACCCCUCUGGACCGCACCCAUCUGGACCACACCCACCUGGAUCAAGCCUAUCUGUGCAACAGCCAAAUGGACCACACCCAUCUGGGCAACAUCCACCCGGAUCACACCGAUUUGGACAACAUCCACCCGAACCACACCCGGCUGAACCAUACCAGUCAGCACUGCAUCAGUCCGGACCACGUCCAUUUGGACCGCCGGGGAGAUUACGUGAACCACCCCAACUUCCCCAAGCUCAGUCUUUCCAUCCACACCAACAGCAACAAGUGCAAAACCGACCAAGAACUUUCCAAGGGCCACGCCCUUUAGAACCACACCCAGCAGGACCGCGCCCACCUGAGCCUCAAUUCCCUCCAAUGCCUCCAGCACCUGCACUGCAGCAACAGCUUCAGCAAGAAGGUGUGACUGCGGGCCCUUUCUCCGGACCAGAUUUGAAUCACCCGGCCCCACCCUCUCACCAACCAUUUCAGCGUCACGGAUUUCCUGAGCCACACCCUUUUCCACACCCUCAGGCGCCCAAGCACGAGAAAUCUCAAAGAGAAAAAGAUGAGGAGUGGGUGACGGGGUGGCUGAGGAAACGCAAGAUUGGCCAAUCAGAGAAGGCAAGGGAGAUGAAACAAAAACCUAUCACACUCGAAGAGGGUCGUCAGUUAGUGCGAGACUUACUUAUGGCACUGCGUCAGCUGAAGGAACAGACGGAUAUGCUGGAUCGUCACAUCAACAAAGACGAGUCAUCAUGGCAGUAUGAAUGCAGAAGAGCUAAUCGAACAAAGGAAAGAGUUGAGACGCUAAAGGCGAGGCUGUUCAGCAAAGAGGCUACCGAUCAACUGGAGAACAAAAUGAAGAAGGCUAGAAAGAAAAGGGCAAGACUGAAGAGACAGAGAUUGGAGAAGCACCAGAUGCAAGAAGAUGUGCAAACCAGACGGAAGGAGAUUCAUCUGAGGAUUGAUGCUGAACUAGCCAAGAGGUUGCAUGCUGAACAAGAGAAGAAAAGGGAGGCUGAGCUGCAGGAAGAAGUUGACAAGACUCUGUACGAGGUCCGCAAGAAGAAACAGGAGGUCUCCCAGGCUCUGGAACUCAUCAAGGGACUGAGGAAGCUCAGACAUCUCAGGAAGGAAGCUGCACAGGCAAAGGGUGUCUUCACACCAAGGGAUUCUGACAUCAGUUUUGAUGAAAAGCUGAGACCCCUGGAAGAGUUGAUGAGCAAACAGAGCGUCUUGUACAGGGAAGAGGAGAGAGUCAUGCAGGUGAUGUUGGAGGAGGAGCAUGAGGAGUACAAAGAGCAAGAGAAGAAGAGACAGAAGAAGCGGCUGGAGGAGAAGGCUAUCAAGGACAAGCAGGCCAAGAUGAAGUUACUCUUUGGGAAAGAUGAUUUAGUGAGACCAGACGACCCCAUGUACCCCUUUCAGCAGUUCUACACGCAAGCGGAGAAUAACAUACAUGCCCUGGUUGAUAUCAGGCAUCAGUGGGACCAGUUCCUUGUACCUGCUGAGGACCCAGAGGGUUCAGCCGUGCCUGUCUCAUGGGUGCUGCCAUCGGAGCCUAGUGGCGAGGCGUGGGCUGCAGUGCUGGAUUCAUGACAUUCAUACAACAAGGACCAGACAACCAAAGAGAUAGAGAAGCGAGGCAGAGACAUAAAUUAAAAUGGCGGAAUAGCUACUUAUUUAAUAAUAAGGGAAUAAAUAUGUGCUUGGCCGGUAAGGGGCCUGGACGAGGUUUAAAACUGGCCUGGAUGCACAUAAUGGCCCGAGCCAAGGUGGUGCAGAACGCAGUGGUGUUUUUAUUGGACAGAUCUACAAAAUAAACAUAUUAUUUUACUUUCAAUUUGUAUCAAAAACAAUUUGAUCAGUGUAAUAAAUUGGAAUAACCAAAAUUGUCUAAAUGUGUUGUCAUUUUACUGGGUAUCAGUAAGUUGAAUAAAGCCAAAGAAAGCUCUUGUUUUAAGUUACAAAAUUUGUAUUUAUUUGUCCUUUCCACGGGAGCAACUCACGUCA